CCCCUAACUUAUGAAAACUGAAAAGUAAAAAACAAAAUAUUAUAUCAUACUUUUCUUCGGCAGUAAAAAAUUCAGAGACCAAAAUCUGUAGUAAAUCCCUACAAAAACCAAAACCAAAACUAUCACCAUUUCCAAUCAUCAAAAUCUUCAAUGGCAUCUUCUCCUCUAACGAUCUACUGCUGUCUCGCAAAAUUUUAUCUCCAACUACUAUCGUUGCUUUCCGUAGUUCUACUUUCUACGGCGAUCGGCGCAUCGGUAAAUCAGUUCAAGUUGGACGGCAAAGUGUUGGAGCUCGACGACUCCAAUUUCGAUGCUGCAAUUUCGAAUUUCGAUUACGUUUUCGUCGAUUUUUACGCCCCUUGGUGCGGCCACUGCAAGCGUCUCGCGCCUGAGUUAGAUAAAGCGGCCCCUGUUCUAGCUGGAUUGAAGCCUCCUGUAGUUGUAGCAAAGGUAGAUGCUGACAAGUACAGAAAGCUUGGAUCUAAGCAUGACAUUGAUGGAUACCCAACUCUAAAGGUAUUCAUACAUGGAGUUCCUACAGAAUAUUUUGGGCCACGGAAAGCAGAUUUACUUGUUCAAUAUUUGACAAAAUUUGUUGCUCCUGAUGUUGCUUUUCUUAAUUCCGACUCUGCUAUUAGAGACUUUAUAAAGGCAGCGGGCACAAAUUUUCCUAUAUUUAUAGGCUUUGGCCUGAAUGAGACCUCAAUAUCAGAAAUAGCUGUCAAGUAUAAGAAGAAAGCCUGGUUUUCUGUGGCCAAAGACUUCUCAGAGGAUAUCAUGUCCUUAUACGACUUUGAUAAGGAGCCUGCUUUGGUUGCGAUUCAUCCAGCCUACAACGAGCAGAGCAUUUUCUAUGGGCCAUUUGAAGAAAAUUUUGUUGAAGAUUACGUAAAACAGAGUAUGCUUCCUUUGAUAUUACCAUUAAAUCAAGAUUCAUUGAAGUCGCUCAGAGAUGAUGAAAGGAAAGUUGUUGUGACAAUCUUGGAAGAUGAAGUAGAUGAGAAGUCCAAGGAAGUAAUAAAAGUUUUAAAGGCCGCUGCUUCUGCUAAUCGUGAUUUAGUGUUUGGUUAUGUUGGGCUGAAGCAGUGGGAAGAUUUCGUUGAAUCGUUUGGAGUCUACAAGAAAACCCCACUUCCUAAGAUGGUUGUCUGGGAUGGCGAUGAGGAGUAUUAUACUGUCAUUGGUUCAGAAAGCAUGGAUGAAACCAAUAUGGGCAACCAAGUCUCGAAAUUCCUUGAAGGCUAUAGAGAAGGAAAUGUCGUACAAAAAAGCAUCAACGGUCCAUCCUUGGCGGGAUUCAUAAAAUCACAGAUUGGAGUCAGACUGUUCCUCAUGCUAUUGUUCGUGGUGUUGGUAGUGGUGCUGAUCGUGAUGAUGGCCAAAGAAGAGCCUCUUACCGUUGGCACCAGAGACCACGCUACUGAUGGAAGGAGCUCCGCAUCCCAGCCAGAAACCAGAGAAUCGCGUCGGGAUGCUGUCAAGGAGGACUGAUUUUGUGCUUUGCUGACUACAGAUUCUAUGGAAAACUCAGUAUGAAAAUUCGAAUUAGACACGGAUAAAAGGUUGGAUAAUCUUCGAAACUUAUGCAGUGAUUUGGGGGAAUGGUGAUCAUCAAUUUGGAUUGUCGAAUUUGGGCAGGUAUGUCACGUUAGUCUCAUUGUUGUUUCGUAAAUUAAAAACUAAGUUAUAUGAGAACACUUUUUUUGUAUAGAAUGGUUGCGGUGUAUUACUAUGAGAGAUCUUUGCUAUUAUAUUCACUUCGUAAUCUUGAUUUUCCAGACUA